UUAAUGUUUUUACUCCCCAAUUCAACAAUGGCGGAUUCCCCUCCAUGUCUCUGACCUCUGUCCAUUUUAAAAUCCCCUCGCUCUCCGCCCUCCGCUCCGCAUCGCCAUCCCCAUCCCCAUCCCGCCCUCUCCUCGCAGCACCCCCGAUCUCCUUCCCCCUCUCUCCCAAGAGGAGGCCAUUCCUGUUUGCUCGCGCGAUCGCCUCCUCCAAAUCAGCAGCCUCCAUGGGGGACGCACCCGAUGCUGGAAUGGACGAUGUCCAGAGGCGCCUCAUGUUCGAGGACGAGUGCAUCUUGGUUGAUGAAAGCGAUCGAGUCGUCGGUCACGAGUCAAAGUACAAUUGUCACCUGUGGGAAAAGAUUCUAUCGGGGAAUAUGCUGCACCGAGCUUUCAGUGUUUUUCUGUUUAACUCGAAGUAUGAAUUGCUCCUUCAGCAACGCUCUGCUACAAAGGUAACAUUCCCUCUCGUUUGGACAAAUACCUGCUGCAGCCACCCAUUAUACAGGGAAUCUGAGCUGAUUGAGGAGGAUUGCCUUGGUGUAAGGAAUGCUGCUCAAAGGAAGCUUUUAGACGAGUUGGGUAUUCCAGCUGAGGAUUUGCCUGUAGAUCAAUUUACGCCGCUGGGCCGUAUGCUCUACAAGGCGCCUUCUGAUGGCAAAUGGGGAGAGCAUGAACUCGACUACCUACUCUUCAUUGUCCGAAAUGUCAGUGUUCACCCGAACCCUGAUGAAGUCGCUGAUGUGAAGUACGUGAACCGGGAGGAAAUGAAAGAGCUGUUGAGGAAAGCCGAUGCAGGUGAGGAAGGUCUGAAGCUGUCGCCCUGGUUCAGGCUGGUUGUCGACAACUUCUUGUUCAAAUGGUGGGAUCACUUCGAGAAAGGCACUCUCAAGGAGGCUGCCGACAUGAAAACCAUUCACAAGCUUUAAGAGAACAUCAAUUAUACAAAUGACCUGUCAUCUGCCUAGUGCUGCGUCGAUCCUAAUAAUCUUUGGACAGAAAGAUGUUCAAGAAACAAUAUCAUAGUGUCGUUCUUUAAAAAGCUUUGUAAUUGUAUUGGCUGCAAUAUCUCGGCUAAGAUCACAGUUUCACCUUCUUAAUAAUGACUAUCUGCAACUCUCAGAGCUUCACCUUCUUUCAUUGUAUUGUUACUGGUUGUACCUGUCCUGUAAUUUACCCGGUAUGGAUGGCGAAAGGAUAAGGUUCAGUAAGUGGGACAAGCAAUGAAAGAAUCAUGAUUUAGUGGUAUGUUCUUCAUA